UAGUAGGAAGAAGAAGCCGAUUCUGGAAGCCAUUACGUUGCGCACAUCAAUUGAGUAAAUCCUACUAUUUUUGCGUACUAUACGCACAAGUGCCUCUUCAAAAGAGGAAUUUCUGCAAUCAUGGCAUCGGUCGCGAAAAAGAGAAAAAUGAAUUUUUCGGAGAGAGAGGUGGAAAUUAUUGUGGAAGAAAUAGAGAAACAAAAGCACACACUGGUUAACCACUUCAAUGCUGGAGUCACCCACAUGGCAAAGAAUAACGCGUGGGCGGAUAUCCUGAAAAAGGUGAACGCCGUCACCACCUGUCCCAGAGAGUUGUCCGAGGUGAAAAAGAAGUGGUCUGACAUGAAGACGGAGGUCCGGCGGAAAGUCGCCCAGGCGCGAGCUGCUAUAGAGGCAACCUCCGCUGACUGCACUCCAGUUCCCGUCAUCCUCACUGCGAUGCAGCAGAGGAUCUGUAACCUCCUGGGGGAGGCCACUAUCAUCAGCUUACCUGCAGGAGACUCGGAUGCUGAGAUAACUUUACCUGUUACAGUCAACGCCGCCACCACCGUCACACUGGCAGAGACCCUUCCAGCUGGCUCAGGUACAGUCUGUGAUGAAACGAAGCCACUGAACAAGACACUGGAGACAACUGCUGUGGCUGAAACAACUUACCACACCCUGGAGGAUGGAGGUGUGGUGGAGUAUUGCACCACCACUGUAAGCGACUCCACUCCCACUGUGGUGACAGCCGUUGAGGCUCCAGUGGAGAUGCUGGCCUCAUCCUCAGCUUCCCCACCUCCGCCACAGGGUCAGGCCAAACCUCAGGAGCUGAAGAGCCGCAUCGCUCUCAACUCAGCCCGUCUGCUGCAGGAGCAGAGAGUCACCAACGUCCACAUUCGACAGAUUGCCCAGCACCUGGAGGGCCAGAACGAGCUGCUGCAGAUGAUGCGACGCUCUCAGGAGGCACAGGCAUUUGCCCAGGAAAGACAGGCCCAGGCCCUGGAAGGUACCCAGGCUGCCCUGCUAGCAUUAGUGCAGAUGCUCAGGCCUGCCCUGAAAGACCUGCGCAAAUUCCUGCAGAGUGGGACAGAGGUCGCAAAUUCCAGCAGCUUGGCAGCAGGAGCAACAGCUGACGGAGCUGGAACAGAGGAGCAGAGCAGGCCUAAAACACCUCCACCUCCUCCACAGCAAGCUGAGGAGACACAAUAAAAACUGUGUCUGUGUGCCUGUUUGUGUAUGUGCGUGUGUUCGUGUGUGUGGCACUGCCUCCGAUCUGCAUUGUACAUAGAGGUGUCCAUGCACAUAGACUUAAAUGUCAUGUAAGAAAAGCCUAUCAAAAGUUGCCUUGGGUUGAGCGUGUACAGAAUUUAACAUAUGUUUUAUGAUUCAGAAGAAGGUUAUGUUUUACACAAUACUUUUAGUUUUUACCUUCCGUCAGUAAUUAGCAGUGAAAGUAUGUUAUGUAAUACAUUGGGUUUGAUAAUGAAAUUAUGCUUUUAAUGCAAAGAUGAAGGCAGUCACAAUCCCAAUGUGGGAUAAACAUUUAAUUCUUAGUUCCUUUAAGUCAUCCUGCAGUUUUUCCUGAAUGAAGAGUAAUCCAUUCUUUUUUAAAGACCAGUCAGCUGGAGUCUUUAGUUAGUGUGCACUUUGUCUUCAGUACUGAAUAAAAUUUGAGGAAAAUCAUCAGUGCUGUGUUUUCCCUACAGGGUGCAUCACUGUCAAUCAACCACAAGAGGUCAAUGUGUGUAAGCAAGUGUCAUGACUGAUGGAGCAGCAGUGUGUUUUCAAAUUAACUAUAAAUUGGGAUGAAAUCUGUAUGUUAUGUGAAAUACAGUAUUUGCCUUUAAAAUUUGAUUAUCACAGUCAUAUACUUUGUGUUUUUUGCUAAAGGUAGGGUCUGGAGGAUUUUCCAGUUCCUGUUUGUAAACACACAUUCAAAUUUGGCCCCUCCUAUCAGGCUCAACUCUCCCGGGUGUACGGAGCCCGGAAGUACGGAAGAAGGCUUCACUGAAGAGGUGCAGGCAAGGCUCGCGCUGCUGCACGCUCGGACACGUUCGGGCACGGCACCUGCGCUCUCUCAUUGGCUGGGGAAAUCUCCGCCCAGGAGCGGUCCAAGCUCACAAAAACAUCAAAAUACAGUUAAAGGGCAGGAGCUCUGCAAACAGAGUCACCACCACACGAGUAGAAGCCCAUAGGUGAUGAUUAAGCAGGAUUUCAUUUGUAUAUGUCUAUAUUUUGUUUUGUUUGAAAAUCCUCCAGAUCCUACCUUUAAGUAAGUGAUUUAGAUUUCCAAAGUAAACAUAGGGAAAGUAAAAUUAAAAUUCCCUUAAAGGGUAUAGAUUUCUGAUACAAUAACCUAAAGACAUUCCUGUUAUUAAAAGUCCAGUGUGUAAGAUUUAGGGGGAUAUGGUGGCAGCUAGUGGUGAGAAUUGCAGAUUGCAACCAGUUGAAACUUCUCCUGGUUAGAAGUCAUUGUUCAGGGA